AUGCCUUUGAGAUCUCCCAAUGAAAUAGUGGAGCUUAUAAUUGAGGAUCUUGCCUAUGAAGGGCCGCAGGGAUUAACCAUUGAUGGGCUUUGGAACCUGGUCAAGACAAUCCAUCCAGCCCUAGACGAGUUCUACAAGAAACUGAUAUGGAGGUGGCUGACUCGGGAUUCCAGACUCUUAGUCUACGGUGGCAAAGAUCUGAUCACAACAAAUAUCUUGGAUGUGGCUAGCCUGCAAGAGGAAUAUGGGGAAGACCUCAAAGUGGCAGCCAGCGAAGAAUGGCAAUGGAACUUCCUGACCAAUGGAACGUCUCGCAAAAACACAGCUAUUGCAGGAUUGGCAUUUGAUCUGCUUAGGGCUAUUGCAAAAUCGCGAGAUCAAGGAAUAACCUCCAUGAAACUAGCAGAGGUCACGGGUCAGGACCCAAGGAGUUUGACAGGAAGACUCAACAAUUUGGAGUCGAACGCUUUUAUAAUGAGAGUGCCCAUAACGAAACCGCAAAAGUCUUACGUGCUGGUUCAUGAGAAGUUCUGGCAACAAUAUAAAUCGGCGAACACCGAGUUAAUCAUGAUGAACUCUGGAAUGGGAAUUUGCAAGUCAAUCUUGCAGGAACUGAAGACAGCCAAAAAUGGUGUGAGGGUGUACACGGAUUUGAGGGAUCAGUUGAAGAUGAAGGAAAAGGGUGAUAAGCGGAGGUUCACCAAAUUGGUAAACUUCCUGAUCUCCAAAAAUUGCUUAGAGAAGCUGUUUAUCUCACUUGAGGAAGGUGGUAAAAACUUCCUCGCGCUCCAGUACCACAGAGAUUUGAGCGACGAUACAGACGAAGCGUCUGAUCUCUUAUCAGCCGAGCCCGAAGAAGAAGAGGAAGAGAUUGACGAAGAUGUUCUCGACUCUCUUUUCGAAAAGACUCGAUUCACAAAGUCACAUUAUCUAAAUACCUUUUUCCCUAUUCAGGAUCAGAUUCUUGAGCUCGUGAGAAGCGGUGGUGAGAGGGGUCUUCCUGCGAUGAAGCUGGCAUCCUUGCUAAUUGGAAAGAAUGGAUCGCGCUAUCUCAGUAGAUAUCUGCUGUUCACCUCUACUGAGAAGGCUUCCAAGGUUCCGAACGACUAUGUUAUUAUCAGAGGGUACGACUUUGCAGGAAAGGUCAAGUUUUACCGCUAUCUUACUCAGACAAACUUUCUGAGCCGUCAACAGAAGACCAUAAACGAGCCCGCAGAUCUCACGUUUGGCGUUGUCCCGGAGCCAAAACGCUCGUUGGUUGAGCUCAGUGCUUCUUCUUUCGAUUCACUGACCCCUACGGUGGAUACGGUAUUGCUUCCGGACGGGUCUUGGUGGCCUUAUUGGUCCCAGUAUCAAGGAACCAGACUUGCCCGUUUUGCUUCCACUCAGAAUGUUUGCCAAAAGCCACAAGUGGUAUCAUUCAAGCUUCCGGAUGAGUCUUCAGUGAAGAUGAAGAACGGGAGAAUGAAACCUACCCUGAAACCCAGAAAGGAAGGGAGACCUUCACCAAGCCCUGCUGCGAUUUCAGUUGCUGCGGAAGUUGGAUCAACCGUAGCCAAUUCUUCAGUCGCUGAGGCCAGUUCAGAGCCUUCAGAAUCGUUCAUGAAACCCACGGUUGUUGGAGGAUCAGAUUACCGAAUAUCUAGUUUGAGGUUGGGUCCUAUCGGGUCUCUGGCCCAAGUCAGAACCCCGAAGACGAAAUUCGAGUCCUUCAAAUCCAGAAAGAGGCAGGACGUGAUAGUUGGGAUGGUUAAGAAAGACGGUGCAUUGAUAACUGGGAAAUCCUUGUUGAUAGAGCUUGAUAAUGUUCUUGGAUCCAGCACGGUAACUGAUAAGAAGACUCUCUAUCGUGAUCUCGAAGUGCUGCGUGAAAAAGGACUUGUGCGUCUUGAGCAGGCUGGAGAUGGCUCGAAAUCCAGGUAUCUGGUUAUAUCCACCCAGAAUACACCCUCACAGAGCAAACUGGACAGGUUGAAAGCUCAAGCUCUCGAGCAGACCACAGCGGGUCCUACAGAGAGUAAAAAACUGGAAAAUGCAAAUCUCUUAGCAAAAAGACCUGAUCUCAAGCAGAUCAUCCUCAAGGAUGUGAGUCUUUAUUCUCCACUUCCAACUUUCCCAACUACACCUCGCAGUUCCUCAAAGUCAUACAGUACUCCAGGACCAUUGGCAUUGCAGGACAGUCUUCUGCAAGAGGAAGAGAAUACACCAGCUACUACUCCAGUCAAAAAGCCGAAGAAGAAAAGGGCUUGCACGUUGCCUCGCGAGGACGAUCCAGUGGGCCCUAUACUCCAAGAGAGAAGAAGAAAGCGGGCCGUCAAGACGGAAGAAGGUGAUGACAGUUUCGUGACUUCUGAAAGGAAGAGGAAAAAGUCUGUCCCCUCGAGUUCUGCAAAUCACUCUUUUGAAGCAAUCAAGAAGCGUACCAGAACUUCUCUUCAUGUUGAUCUUGCAGAUGCAGUUAUGAUCCUGAGGACAAUUGUGAUAUCGCAAUCGCUAUCACCCAAAGAGGCAGUAGAUUGGGUACAGAUAUCGUCCUUUUUCAAUGCGGAUGGUAUUACGCCAGAGCUAUUGAGGAAGAAAUGGCCAAGUUUGAGACGCUUGUUUGGUCCUGACGUUCUCCAAAAGACGCACUCGCUCUGGAGAAAGCUGCUCUUUGCCAACAUUGAUAGUGGAAGAAUCACCCAUGAAAUGAUCGCCAACUGUGACCUCCAUAGCCUGAUCAAGUUGUGGGAUGAUAUCGGUCUCGAGACAAUCGAGAUAGACGAUAUCCCACUAUUUGUCUCUGGAGAAGAAAAUGAACGAGUGUACGAUUUCAAGAGCGAAACACUUCCCAAAAGGGACGUAUUCUACAGAGAGCCGAUUACCAUUGCUGAAAGAGAAGAACAGUACAAGAAUACCUCGUUUGAUUUCCCCAACAAGCCCCUUCAGGACGAAGCCGAGGAGUCUAACGAGCUCUUACUCACCAAAACUGCUUUGAAGGCUCUUUUUGCAACAGAUGCAUCCAAGUUUGAUGCCAAAAGGGCAAAGAAGCUUUUUGAGGAUUUUGGUGAGGAUCUUUGUCGUACUGCUCUCACAGAACUUGAGCAGGAACGACAAAUUGUGUUUUUGGGCAAAGAUUCCCAAAUAAAGUUCGAACUUUCAGAUAAGGCAUUUGGUAACACCGAGUUGCGGAUCGACGCAGAGUUCUUGAAAACUGCAUCCGAGUUUUGUGAAGUGCUGGAAUCGGCUUCAAGCUCGAGGAAGGGACUCUUGCUGUCGGCAAUUUCUCCGAACAGCACUUAUGCACCCUUGAUUAAUCUGCUGGCAGAACAACAUGUUAAGUGCACGAGAAUAGACUAUCCGGUAUCGGAAAUGUUCCAGGGCUAUUCCUCGAGAUCGAUGGUCAGAGAAAAGCUCGAAUCUGAUUUCAUAUUGAGCGAUGUGCAGUUGGAAGAGUCCGAGGAGAUCUCCAUCAAGGUCGCUCCCGUUCCGGCUGGAAGACCAUGCAGUAGAUUGUGGAUUGAUCUUCAGGGAGAUAUCAAUACUGAAGUUUGGGUGAAUUGCAUUGUCUUGGUGUUGAAUCAGGUUCUUUUCAGGCCUGGAGUGACGUCUACAGAGAUUUUGAAGAGAGUCCAGCCCAGUCUGGCUCCUCUUGAAGUUCAAGAUAUUCUGACCUGGCUAAGAGACAAAAAUGCCAUCAAGAAGGGGGAUUUUGAUUCCCAUUGGGUUCAACCGCGUUGGUUCAAGGUUUUGUCGGUGUAA